UGUGGUAAAGCCUUUGCACGACACAGUGCUCUUCAAUUGCAUGAAAGAACACAUACAGGAGAAAAACCCUAUGAAUGCAAGCAAUGUGGUAAAGCUUUUGUACAGCCCACUCAUCUUGAAGUACAUAAAAGAACACAUACUGGAGAGAAACCCUAUGAAUGUAAUCAAUGUGGUAAAGCCUUUACACAGCCCCACAAUCUUCAAGUACAUAAAAGGACACAUACUGGAGAGAAACCCUAUGAAUGUAAUCAGUGUGGUAAAGCCUUUGCUCAAAACAAUACUCUUCAAAAGCAUAAAAGAACACAUACUGGAGAGAAACCCUAUGAAUGUAAUCAGUGUGGUAAAACCUUUGCACAGUCCAGUCAUCUUCAAGUACAUAAAAGAACACAUACUGGAGAGAAACCCUAUGAAUGUAAUCAGUGUGGUAAAGCCUUUUCAAGACACAGUGAUCUUCAAUUGCAUGAAAGAACACACACAGGAGAAAAACCCUAUGAAUGUAAACAAUGUGGUAAAGCUUUUGUACAGCCCAGUCAUCUUGAAGUACAUAAAAGAACACAUACUGGAGAGAAACCCUAUGAAUGUAAUCAAUGUGGUAAAGCCUUCACACUACCCCACAAUCUUCAAGUACAUAAAAGGACACAUACUGGAGAGAAACCCUAUGAAUGUAUUCAGUGUGGGAAAGCCUUUGCUUGUCGUAGUGUUCUUCAAUUGCAUGAAAGAACACAUACUGGAGAGAAACCGUAUGAAUGUAAUCAGUGUGGUAAAGCCUUUGCUCAAAACAAUACUCUUCAAAAGCAUAAAAGAACACAUACUGGAGAGAAACCCUAUGAAUGUAAUCAGUGUGGUAAAACCUUUGCACAGUCCAGUCAUCUUCAAGUACAUAAAAGAACACAUACUGGAAAGAAACCCUAUGAAUGUAAUCAGUGUGGUAAAGCCUUUUCUCAUCACAAUCGUCUUCAGUUCCAUGAAAGAAAACAUAUGGGAGAAUAGCCCUAUGAAUGAAAACAAUGUGGUAAAGCUUUUGCAUGUCAUAGUGAUCUUCAAAAGUAUAAAAGAACACAAACUGGGGAGAAACCUUAUGAAUUUAAUCAAUGUGAUAGAGCCUUUUGCACAGCCCCAUAAUCUUCAAGUACAUAGAAGAACACAUACAGGAGAGAUACCCUAUGAAUGUAAUCAGUGUGGUAAAGCCUUUGCUCAAAAUUGUGUUCUUCAAAGGCAUGAAAGAACACAUACUGGAGAGAAACCCUAUGAAUGUAAUCAGUGUGGGAAAGCCUUUGUUCGUCUGAGUGCUUCUCAAUUGCAUGAAAGAAUAUAUAACUGAGGGAAACCCUAUGAAUAUAAACUGUGGUAAUGCCCUUGCACAGCCCAGUCAUCUUCAAGUGUAUUAAAGAACACAUAUUGGAGAGAAAUCCUAUGAAUAUAAUCAAUGUGGUAAUGCCUAGUCACAACACAUAACAACCCUGUAACUGUAAAUUUUUUAGUGUGUAAUUGGUCUCUAAAAGCCUUUGAAUAUAACAUUAGACUUUGAGGAUCUGAAAAGAACUCAUACAAAAGUAAAUAAAUCUGAAUAUAUAUGAAUUGGUAUGAUCAUCAGCCAACAUACUUACAUUCAAUUACACAAAAGUAAUUAUUUUGAAAAAAAAAUUAUAAUGUGUCAAUAAUAUGUUCAAGCAUUAUAAUAUCUCCUUUUAUUUUGUUUACACCUGUCAAAUAAUAUGGACAAAAGAGGGGUUGGGAAUUUAGCUCAGUGGUAGAGUGCUUGCCUAGCAGGCACAAGGCCCUGUGUUCAAUCUUCAGCUCUAAAAAUAAUUAUGGACAAAAGACGUGUAAAUUUAAAUGAUAAUGUGACCUCUUAGAUUUCAUACUUGUCUUCAAAUACAUGAAAUAAUGAAUUCUGGUGUAAAUUUUCAUAGAUGUGUAUCAUUGCUUUUCUGUUGCUUUGAUAAUAGAUCAUAUCUAAGUGAAGUUAGAAAAGGUUUUUAUUUGGCCCUUGGUUCCAGAGUAAUACAUGUGCCCCAUAAAAGUUACAUGGAAACAAGUGUCAGACAUGGCAGCUAAAGCAGGCAGCUAAGAAUUCACCUUCUUGUCCUGCAGCAUAAAGCAAAAAGUGUAAAUUAGAAAUGGUGUGCAGAUGUAAACACUCAGGCCAACCCUCAAGACUGAAUUAUUUGGGCAGGGUACAUUUUCUAAAACUUCUCAAAUGAUGUC